UUAAAGUUCAACAUCACUGAGGUCACUAUGCCGAUGAAACGAGGCAGCGAGAGUUCAGGCAGAGAUGGAGUGUUCCUUAUUCACUCUUUAAGCAAGACUUUGUGCAGUUCACCAGAGGAACUACAUACAGAGUUUAAUGGACAGACACAUUUUCUUCAGGAGGAUGAUUCUGGGGUGAAAUCAGAAGCAGAGGACAGUAAUGAGACGCCGUCCUCCGAAGAAGACGAGAACCUCGUGGACUUUAACCCUGAUCUGACCAUCAAACAGAAGAUCUCCUCGUCCAGGAAGAGCAUCAGUCAGAUCAUCAAAGACAAGAAGAAACAGACACAGCUCACCCUGCAGUGGCUGGAGGAGAAUUACAUAGUGUGUGAGGGAGUGUGUCUGCCUCGAUGUAUCCUCUACGCCCACUACCUGGACUUCUGCAGGAAGGAGAAACUGGAGCCGGCCUGCGCUGCUACUUUUGGAAAGACGAUCCGACAGAAGUUUCCUCUUCUGACAACGAGAAGACUCGGCACCAGAGGACACUCCAAGUAUCAUUACUAUGGAAUUGGCAUCAAAGAGAGCAGCGCCUACUAUCACUCUGUAUAUUCUGGAAAAGGUCUGACCAGAUUUUCAGGGAGCAAACUCAAGAAUGAGGGAGGUUUCACCAGGAAAUAUUCCCUGAGCUCUAAAACUGGAACUUUACUCCCAGACUUCCCCAAUGCUCAGCAUCUGCUCCUGCAGGGAAACAUCUCCAGAGAUAAGGUGGACACUCUGAUCAUGAUGUAUAAAACACACUGCCAGUGCAUCCUGGACAACGCCAUUAACGUCAACUUUCAGGAGAUCCAGAAUUUUCUGCUUCACUUCUGGCAGGGAAUGCCCGACCACCUGCUGCCACUGCUGGAAAACCCGAUCAUAGUCGACAUCUUCUGUGUCUGUGACUCCAUCCUCUAUAAGGUUUUAACAGAUGUUCUGAUUCCUGCUACAAUGCAGGAGAUGCCUGAAAGUCUGCUGGCAGAUAUCCGCAACUUUGCCAAACACUGGGAGCACUGGCUUGUCUCCUCCCUGGAGAACCUCCCAGAAUGCCUUGCAGCCAAGAAACUCCCGAUUGCACGCCGCUUUGUUUCCUCCCUGAAAAGACAGACCUCAUUCUUACACCUGGCACAGAUAGCACGUCCGGCACUGUUUGACCAGGCCAUAGUGACCAGCAUGAUCCUGGAUAUUGAGAACGUGGAUCUCAGCAGCAUCAGCCCGCAGCCUCUGCUUAGCAUAAACGCCACUGGGGAGCAGGACCCAGACAUCUACUCUGAGUAUGACUCCAUCACUGUUUUUCAGGAGCUGAAGGAGCUGCUGAGAAAAAACGCCACUGUAGAAUCCUUCAUCGAGUGGUUGGACUCCAUCAUGGAGCAUAAAGUCAUCAAGCCCGGCAAGCAGAGUGGUCGUACAGUGAAGAAGCGAGCUCAGGACUUCCUGCUCAGGUGGAGUUUCUUCGGGGCCAGAGUGAUGCACAGCCUCACACUCAGCAACGCCUCUAGCUUUGGUUCCUUCCAUCUGAUCCGGAUGCUGUUAGAUGAAUACAUCCUGUUGGCUCUGGAGACUCAAUUUAACAAUGACAAGGAGCAGGAUCUGCAGAACCUGCUGGAGAAAUACAUGAAAAAUGCAGAUGCCAGUAAAGCAGCUUUCAUGGCCUCGCCCAGUUCCUGCUUCCUUGCCAGUCGUAACAAGGCCACUGCUGCAUCUGAUCAGUCAGUGAAGAAUGAAUCUCUGGGAGAACACACCUACAUGUGUCUGUCCACCAAUCAGCAGCAAAACCUGGAAACGAGCACGGUCGUUCACCAGGGGACCGAUUCAUCUGGGUUCACAGUUCCAGGUGGUCAGAUGGACUUUUCUCAGGUCAGUGGCCCCCUCAUGACACCCCCUGUCUCUCCAGCGGCGUUAGUGCACAGAGGGUCUGUCAUCAAUCAGGGGCCCAUGGCAGGAAGACCCCUGACAUCUUCCUCUUCGUCCUCCACCUGCUCCUCAUCCUCUUCCUCCUGCCUCACCUCUCUCAGUGCAAUGACUCAGCCCAGCCCCUGCUCUUCCUACCCGGAGACCCUGUACCACUGCUUACCUCAGACCAGCUCUAGUUACUUCCCUGCAGCCAGCAGCGCUGCAACUCCAAACUACCAGCCUGCUCUCAGGCCUCAGAGUCAGUGUCUGGGUUCAGUUCAGUCCCAGACUUCACCGCUGGCAUACCACCUCACACGGUACCCCUCCUUUAAUGAGCAGCACCUGACUAAAGACAUGUUCUACAGUCAUCCUCCUCCUCCAUCAGUCCACCACUCAUCCAGCAGCACUAACUGCUCUCUGGUACCUUAUGGUUCUGCAGUCCGACCCACAUCCAGCUACAGUUCAGUUCCAGAUCCAGUUCAGGCUGAACAGGGGCUGGAUGCUCAGACAGCAGCUCAGAUUCUGGACUCAGCAGAGGAGUUUGGCUUUGUGGGGACCGGACUGAACCCUAUGAGCAGUGGGUGUCAGGGACAGACAUACUCGGUCAUAGGACACAGCGGUUACUAUGGCAACAGCGGUUACCUGGACGGCCAGCGGAUAACAUCGCUGGUGGACCAACACGUGUCUGUCAUCAGCAGCGUCAGCAGUCUGCGGCCUUUUCCUUCAACGUUCUCCGAGGUCCACGAUCCGCUCAACAUCCUUGACGAACCAGGAAGGAAAACAACAGGCACCUAUUUCACCGAGGCAGAAACUGGAGCAGAUCACUCCCUCCCCUCGUCAGGAUCUGCUCCCUGCAUGUUUGGAGUUCCUUCUCCGUUCACCUCGCAGGAAGCGCUGUUAUCUGAGCAGCGCAUGGUGUCAUCGUCACAGGUGCAGGACCUGGUGUCCUCGCUGCCUCCCAUCAACACUGUCUUCAUGGGUGCAGGAGGAGUACAGUGACACUGAAAACACCAAACCUCUGCUGGAGGAUGUCCUGUCGCUUCCUUCAGAGCAUCCUGAAUGUAUGUAUGCACCAACAGUAUUGGAUGGUCUGGGUAAAAACAAGCACGAUGACAUGUGAAUGAUGUGAUGAAGUCACUUGGCCAAGUUCAGUCCCAAACCAUAUGGUAUGUAUGAGCCUUGGCUAAGUCACCGGGACGCUCUUAUAUAAAGCAGCAUUAUUGAAUGACUGCUUUUAUGAUGAGGCUACAGUUUCAUGCUACUGUAAUAUUUUUCAGAUAGAG